AUGGCUCCGAUGACGAACUGGUUAACGUUUUCUCUGUCACCAAUGGAGAUGUUGAGGUCAUCUGAUCAGUCUCAGUUCGUGUCCUAUGACGCUUCUUCCGCCGCCUCCUCCUCUCCUUAUCUCCUCGAUAAUUUCUAUGGUUGGUCGAAUCAAAAACCUCAGGAGCUUUUCAAAGAAGAAGCUCAGAUAGCAGCUUCAAUGGCGGAUUCAACGAUCCUAACAACAUUCGUCGAUCCACAGACUCAUUCCCAGAAUCACAUCCCUAAGCUCGAAGAUUUUCUCGGCGACUCUUCUUCAAUCGUCCGUUACUCCGCCGAUAACAGCCAAACCGACACACAAGACUCUUCCCUCACUCAAAUCUACGAUCCACGUCACCACCAGAACCAGAACCAAAACCAAAACCACCACCAAACCGGGUUUUACUCCGAUCACCACGAUUUCAAAACCAUGGCCGGUUUUCAAACCGCUUUCUCUACCAACUCCGGUUCGGAAGUCGACGACUCAGCCUCCAUCGGACGGAAUCAUCUAGCCGGAGAGUAUUUGGGACACGUGGUCGAAUCUUCUGGCCCGGAGCUAGGAUUUCACGGCGGGUGCAACACCGGAGGAGCUUUAUCGCUUGGGGUUAACACUAAUCACCGGAGCAAUGAUAACAAUCAAAUCACUGAUCACCAGUACCGAGGUGAGAGAGUCAAUAACAACGAGAAGACGACGGAUUCUGAGAAGGAGAAGCCAGUUGUGGCGGUGGAAGCAUCGGAGAGUACUAAGAAGAUCGCUGAUACGUUUGGGCAAAGGACUUCGAUUUACAGAGGAGUUACUCGACAUAGAUGGACGGGAAGAUAUGAAGCUCAUCUAUGGGAUAAUAGCUGUAGGAGAGAAGGUCAGGCCAGGAAAGGACGUCAAGGUGGAUAUGACAAAGAAGAUAAGGCAGCUAGAGCUUACGAUUUGGCAGCUCUCAAAUACUGGAAUGCUACCGCUACCACCAAUUUCCCUAUUACGAAUUACUCGAAAGAAUUGGAGGAAAUGAAGCACAUGACCAAACAAGAGUUCAUUGCUUCCCUCAGGAGGAAGAGUAGCGGAUUCUCUAGAGGAGCUUCGAUAUACAGAGGUGUAACAAGGCACCAUCAACAAGGACGUUGGCAAGCAAGGAUUGGCCGCGUCGCAGGCAACAAAGAUCUUUACCUCGGAACCUUUGCAACGGAAGAGGAAGCGGCAGAGGCAUACGACAUAGCAGCGAUCAAAUUCAGAGGGAUCAACGCCGUAACAAACUUUGAGAUGAACCGUUACGACGUCGAAGCCAUCAUGAAGAGUGCACUCCCAAUCGGCGGUGCAGCGAAACGUCUUAAGCUCUCCUUAGAAGCCGCUUCAUCAGAGCAGAAACAAGCCCUCGGUCAUCAACAACAGCUUCACCAUUUCCAGCAGCAACAGCUUCAGCUUCAGUCAUCUCCUAAUCACAGCAGCAUUAACUUCGCUCUCUGUCCUAACUCCGCUGCUCAGUCUCAGAUGAUUCCUUGUGGAAUCCCUUUCGAAGCAGCUGCUCUUUACCAUCACCAACAACAGCAACAACAGCAGCAGCAGCAGCAACAGAACUUUUUCCAGCAUUUUCCGGUGAAUGCAGCAUCUGACUCGACCGGGUCUAAUAAUAACUCCAACGUUCAAGGAUCAAUGGGUGGACUUAUGGCGCCAAACCCGGCUGAGUUCUUCCUCUGGCCUAAUCAGUCUUACUGA